AUGGUAUCGCAGCCUUUCAACGUUGUGCUCCUCGGCGCCGGAGACGUCAACUUUGGCACGCCCGAGGGCCCUUGGUGUCAUACGACGAGACUGGAGCGCAAGCUCGGAUCCCGCCUCAACGUCGUCGGCCUGGUCGACCCGUUCGUCCAGCGCGCCGAGGAGCGGCUGGCGGUGAAGCGCGAGGCCGGAGUGGAGGGUUACGACCGCACCGAGGUAUUCCCCAGCAUCGAGGCGGCCGGCAAAGCCUUGAUCGGGGGUCGCGCGCCGGCCCUCAUCGUCGCAGGCGUGCAGCCCAAGAUCCGCGGUUCUCCUCACGCGGGGCGGGAUGUCGAGCUCCAGGUCCAGCGUGCGUUCGGGACCACGCCCCUGUUUGUGGAGAAGCCAAUCUCCUCCUCCCCGGUGCCCGAGGUGCGCCAGGUCUCCAAGGCCCUCGGCGGCACGCUCACCAGCGUGGGCUACAUGUUCCGAUACCUUGAGGUCAAAGCCGUGCAGACCAUUCGUCGGCUGGUGCGCGAGCACGACCUACAGAUCACAGCCACGGUCGCGCAGUACUACAUGGCCUACGAGCACGCAGGCUCGAUGGAGCGGCACGCAGUUUACUUUGACCUCGGGCUCGAGGUUGGGCCCAUCGUGGAGCAGGCGACGCACGUCGUAGACUUGUGCGUCUACCUCGCGGGCGACGCUGUCGAGGGAAGCGUCCACACGCACACGCUCGAAGUCGACGAAGGGCCCGGGGCGCUCUCCAAGCUCGAGUUCUCGGACGAGAUCGCCACUGCACGCCAUAUUCCGCGGGUCACCACCGCCGUGUGGAAGUACGCCAGCGGGGCCGUGGCCAGCUUUGUGCACGGCGUCGCGCUGCACGACGGCGACUACGAGACUGAGCUCGUGGUCCUGGCCGACGGGUGGAAGUUCAAGCUUGUCGACCCCUACGGCGUGCCCCGCCUCCAUGUGCGUCGUCCCGGCAACCCGCAGGAAGAGAUCACGGUCUUCAAGGACGACGACCCGUUCUUCAGCGAGAUGGCGACGUUUAUCGACGUUAUUGAGGGGGUGUUGCCGCGUACCGCUAUCCUCUCGAGCUACGACGACGCGAUCAAGACGUAUGAGCUGACGUGGGCGAUCCGCAGCGACGGUGAGAGGAAGCGCGACGAGCGCCGGGCACGCGCCAAGGUCAACGGCAGCCCCAAUGGCAACGGCGUGGCGUAG